AUGAUUGUUUCGUUUCAGCGAUUGUACGGCGUACUCCGAUGGCCCUCUACAGGACUCAAGGUUCUCAUCGUUGUUGGUGGUCCUGCCGGUCUACUGACCGCUCUUGAAUGCUGGAAAAAAGGACAUGAUGUUGAAGUUGUGGAGAAGAACAGCAAAAACUCAACAAUUGGUGAUGUGAUUUUCAUCGGCUCAUCUGCCCUCGCAACUUUCAAGGACUACCCGAGCAUGCUUGAAGAGUACCAUCGCCAGUCGUGGGAUGCAUUCUGUUCAUACCGAAGACUCGACGGUGAAGAAGUUUGUCCUCCUCAAGAGUUCGAGUACAACAGAGACGAUGUUCAGCCCCACGUUGCCUGGCCCCUGAGAAUCAGGACCAUGGUGAGCCGACCGGGCAUGUCCAUCAUGUUCUACGAGCAGUGCAUGCGCCUAGGCAUCCCAGUCAAGUUCGGCGUAAACGUCGUAGAUUACGUUGAGAAUGCAGCCGAAGGAACUGCUACUGCUGUUACUGCUGAUGGCCAGGAACUGACGGCUGACAUUGUGGUUGCUGCUGAUGGUCUUGGCACCAAGUCUCACAAAGUGGUCAUGGGAGAAGCUAUCAGGGCUGUUCCUACAGAUUUGUCAUUUGCCGCAUCUUCUAUCGAUGAUGGAACCGUAUCAGAAUCUUGGGCCGAAACCAUCACUGGUGAUGAAUUUGUCAGCAAGCUGCCAGUGACCGAAGGAUGGGACCCCUUGAUUUUGGAAGGCAUUCGCAACAUCCCCGAGAACAGCAUCGUCAAAUGGCAGCUCUGCUGGCGUGAUCCUCAGCCCAAGUGGACAUCGCCUGAGGGUCGGAUUCUCCAACUUGGUGACAGCGCGCACGCUUUCAUUCCGUCGUCGAUAUCCGGUGCAUCCACAGCGCUCGAAGAUGCUCAAUCUUUGGCUGAAUGCUUAAGGCUUGCCGGUAAGAAAGACGCUAACAUCGGGACUAAGGUUCACGAACUGUUACGCAUUCGACGCGCUUCUACCCUCCAGCGUCUUGGGUUCGCUAAUCGACGAGAGAUGCACCGUAAGGGUGGAUUUGAGGAGGUGAUGAAAUCCGCAGCAAAGGGUGGCCCCAUGGGGCUUGGUAAAUGGAUAUGGACUCACGACCCGGCGAAGUACGCCACCGAUAAAUUUGCCGAAGGCCGCAGUCAUCUGGAGAAUGGUACUCCCUUUGAGCAUACUAACCUUCCAAAGGGGUUCAAAUGGGAACCUAAUUGGACCAUGCAAGGGGAGAUUGAGAUUGAGAAGCAGGGAAUUCACACCCCUGACCUGAAGAUGAAUGGUGACUGGAGCAUUUACUAG